GAAGGCUCACUCGUGGUUGACUUAGUUCCGGUGAAGAACUACAUGGGCGCGGACGUGGUGAUGCCGCUGCAAUGUGGCGUUACAUGGUUUUGGACGCUGACUCAGAAUGUCAACGUCCGCUACCGCAGCCUCAUGCUUCCAGAGGGUGACCUUGACGCUGACACAGUGGAAGUUCCUGCCGAGCAGCUUCGUUCACUGCUUCAGAAGGAGCUCCCCCAGCAAAGUCACGUCAAG